CAUGCAGAGCACGAAGCCGAUCGGCUCGCAGUCGGCGUGCAGCCGCCGCCGACUUUUUUUAAGUGAUCUGAGCCGCCGCUGAUGUAUGCGGCUCUCAUCGGCUCAAAUUUUUAGCCGACUGAGUCGGCUAAGCCGUUGAAAAAUAUAAAUUUAUACAGCAAAUUUGUAUAAAUAUGUCUUUUAAUCUUAUCGAUAAAUUAACAUAUUAUAAUGCUCAUUAUUGGACGAUAAUUUACAUUGUGCACUCGUCUUCGAGAGGCAAAAACGUGUAGGCUAUUUAUAUUAAUUAUACCCUACAGCACAUAGUGGUAAGGGUAUUAUGUCUUUGUAGAUUUGUUUUUUUUUAUCACAAAACCUUUGGCAACCUUUUGUAACUUACGAAUUUUGAUGGAGUGGCAAGCAUAUUGUUUGCCAAAGAUUCGUUGUGUUUUUGCUUGUUCAAAGAAAAGAAUGCAAAAUGUGCCAAAGGAAUAUUAAAAAUUAUUUUUCCGCUAACCGAAAGGGUCAAACAGUUUUGACUAAAUCAGAAUCCGAUUCUGACGAAUCUGUUGAUACUGAAAUCAAUAUUUCUCAAUAUGCAGAUGUAUCUCAAUAUGAAGAUCUUUUUAAAAAGAAAAAUGAAUUUAAAAAUUUGGCAAAGGUUGUUGUAAAUGAAGGUGGUAUAUCAUUGUGUUGGAAAUAUUUUGGUGAUCUCUAUUUUAAAAAGAGGCAUAUACUUCAAAAAUAUAAAUUUUGCAAAUUGUGUUUGGAUGAAAAGACCAAUUUAAAAAGUUUUGGAAAAUCAACAUCAACCACAAAUUAUAUGAACCAUCUACGAGCUGUACAUAACUUGGACGUGAAAUCUUUAAAUAACCUGAAAAGUUCAACAAUGACACAAAAUGCAUUGAAAUCCUCAACAAGUUGUAACAACAAACAACAAAAUGCUCGCCGGGUCGCCGAAAUGUGCUGUUGGGAUUUGCAACCGUUUAAAAUUGUUGAAAGGCCAGGAUUUAAGAAAUUGGUAUCUUUCUUAAACCCAAAGGCUAUAUUCCCCACAGAUAGGACAAUAGCUACAACGGCUUUAAACGAUGUUUAUAACAUAUAUUUGGACCACGUAAAAACAAGCCUUAAAGAGUCGCCCGAAAAUGUUACACUUGUAUUGGAUAUGUGGUCAGAUAAACAUAAGCACUUGUCUUACAUAAACAUAAAAGUGCAUUUCUGCCAAAAUUUUCAAAUGCAAAUUGUAACGCUCAAGACAGAGAUCUUUCCACGACCUCACACUGGACUAGCAGUUGUAGAAAAAAUUGAAGAAGCUUUAUGUGAAUUUAAUCUGUUGGAAAAAAACAUAUGUGCUGUUACUGAUGGUGGAAGCAACAUCGUUUCAGCUUUAAAAAUUAAAAAUAUACCAAGAUAUGGUUGUAUGGCUCAUGUUUUACACAGAUUUUUGAUGGAAGAUAUACUAAACAACAAGUCAUUUGAAAAUAUUAAUAACAUAAUAUCAAAAUUAAAAAAAAUUUAUGGCAGCUUAAUGUAUAGCUAUGAAGAAAUAUCAAAUAUUCAAAAUAUGGAGGAACAAAACGAUUUAGUAAAAAUAUUUACAGAGGUUGAAAUAAUUUUGGAGAGUUUGGAUAGUUGCGAACAAUUUCCACAUGGAGAUGACUAUUUUACUGAACAAUAUGAAGCAACUUUAAACGUCAAGCACCACACCUCUUUGAAAAAUUCCGUUGCAACACGUUGGAACUCUCUGCUUGCAAUGAUUCAAAGCUAUACGAAUAAUAUAUCCACUAUAAAUAUAGCAUUAGUUAAAGCUAAAAAGGAACUGUUAGUGAUUGGGACAAUGGAAAUGCAAAUUAUAACGGAAUUUGGCACGUUUUUAAAAAUUUUUGAGGACGCCACAAAACACCUUCACCAAGAUUAUCCGACGAUAUCUUCGUGUAUUUAUUUUCAGGAAUCCAUUAUGUCCUCAUUGAAGAAAGAAGAAGAAAAAGCGUCUUUUGAACUAACAAUCAAUUUAUGCAAUUUCGCUGUGCAAAACUUUACGAAGCGAUUCAAAGUAUAUAGAAUGUAUGUUGUAGCUGCGCUUAUGGACCCAUGCCAAAAAAAACUGGCCUGUUUUAGAUAA